GUUGCCUGCAGCGUGUGGGUGGGUGCACAGGUGUGUUCACUGCUAGGAUAUAAACAACGAGGACACGUUUCUUCUUUACAGUUGCGCUGCCAUCAUGGAUCUGAAAGUUGUGUUUGCAGUUGUCUGCCUGUGUGUCUUGGCCAUCACAUCAUCUAACGCUGGCAUACCAAAAUGCUGCAUCAGCACAAGAAAGUUUUCCCGAGGUAUUCUGAAGAAAGUAAUAAAAGUGGAAAUGCAACGCAGCACCGGCGUCUGUGACAUCGAUGCACUGAAACUCUAUACAGCAGGCAUGAAGAGACCCUUUUGUGCCGAUCCUACAGUGUUCAAUGACUGGAUGAAGUAUAAAGGGAAAAUGAUGCGACAAGUGAAUGUACACAAAACCGGAAAAAUCUAACAAAAAUGUAUGUCCCUCAGAUAACUGUGUAAACAUAUAUUCAGCAUUUGUACUUUCAUAAGUUUUCAAUGAUUUGACAAAAGAUCUUCAUUCUGAAAAGAAGUUUUGAUACUACUGUAACUCUGAGUGGUGAAAAGUUAAUCUUUUAGAGAACUUCAGUUUUCAUUUAAGUAUAAUUCCAUUUUAUAAUGCAUUUUACUAAAUACUGGGGCAUUUAUAUCAGCGUUUUUAACAGCUUUAAGGGGUCACAUGACUCAAGUUGUUUAAAAUGGUUUGAUGCUUUAUCAUGGAUUAAACAUACAUUUGAUAGAUAUCAGCUUUACCUCAACUUUUAAUGACACUGAAGUUUCUUACAUUUUCACUGUGUUUGUAAUAUAGCAGAUUUUUUCUGAGCUGAUGAUGCAUGAACAUUUUAUACUGUUGCAUUUAUAAAAUCCAAGUAAAGAAAUAUUUCUGUAAA